UGACACGUGUUGUAAGCGAUUAAUCAGUAGCGACAGUUAAUAUUUAUUUUCAGAAACCAGCAACACACCACGCAAAGGUAUUUUACAGUAGGCAAAUAUGUCGGUCUUGCACGUUCUGGCUAACUAGCUAGGAUUGCUGUUUUCAGUAAUGCUAGCGCGUUUCAGUAACCGUUAGCGCGUUUAGAUCGCAACACACUGACGCUAACUAGCCACAGUAUUUAAAUUACAGCUCACUAGCUAGCUUUCCAGUUUGUGUUACGUGUAGGUGGUUGUCAUCGACCUUCCAGCAAGUUUGAAGCCAUGAGUGACAGCGACGACGAUAUCCCCCAGCUGUCCGCGGCCACCCUUGCUGCCCUGCAGGAGUUUUACAGAGAGGAGAGAGACGGGCUUGUGCAGAGCACAGCACUGGUGGACAAGUACUCGGUGGGGGCGGUGGAAGAGGACUGGCGUAUGAGCCAAUUCUGGUACAGCGAUGAGACAGCAACACGGCUAGUUGAAGAGGUUAUUCAGGAAGCUGGGAAAGGUGGCAGGAUAGCCUGUCUGAGCGCACCCAGCGUGUACCAGAAGCUGAAGCAGGGGGUGGUGGAGGGCUCUGACGGUGUGUCAGCUGUGGUUCUAGAGUACGACCGCCGUUUCGCCACCUACGGCCAAGAGUUCAUCUUCUAUGACUACAACGAGCCCCUUGCUCUCCCAGAGGAUGUGGCCCCACAGAGUUUCGACAUUGUCCUAGCUGACCCCCCCUACUUGUCUGAGGAGUGCCUCAAUAAGGUCGCCCAGACUGUGAAGUACCUGGCCAAGGGCAAGGUGCUGCUCUGCACAGGAGCCAUCAUGGAGGAGCAUGCAGAGAAGUUGAUGGGUCUGAAGAUAUGCAGCUUCCUCCCCAAACACAACAAAAACCUGGCCAAUGAGUUCCGCUGUUUCACUAACUACCCCUCAAACCUCAUGUCCUGAGGCUCUACAACCCUUCAUGUAUGGCCUUAUUGACUUAUGAUGUCUGACGUCCAUCAAUGCCUCAGUUCUGACUUGACCGAUGUCUGUGAUAGUCGCAAGGAAGGCCCAUCUUGUUGGGCAAUUUCCAUUACCUGUCAGAUAAGGUUUCAUUUUGGGGACCAAUGGUAUCGGACUCUGUAGGUUCUUUUUAAAAUGAUUUCUUAUCCCAUAACAUAAUUAUGAAGUGAAUAAUGGUAUUAAUAUUUGACUUCCGUGUAAAUAAUAUUUCAUAUACACAGCAAAUAAAUAUGUCUAAACUGUU